AUGGUGCACCGAAAUAUGUUUCCCAAAGCUGCUGCAAGUAAUGAUGUAAAACCGGAUGAAGUGAAUGAUGAUGUUAAACUAGAUGAGGUGGUUGAUGAUGUUAAAUUGAGUGUUAUAUCGGUUGAUGUUGAGUUAGAUGUUGGUCAAGAAAUUAUAAAUGAACAACUAUUUAAUGUUUGUGAACAUAUGUUUGAAUGGGUCCGUAUGGAGACCGGGAAAUUGGAGUUUGGCAUUGUAAUUAGAAGGUCUGACAGUGGUUCUAAUAGAAGGCAAAUAUUUGUAACCAUGAUAUGCGAGAGAAGUGGCACGUAUGUUCCACCGAUUCGAAAGUUGAAACAUGAUGACAGCGGAUCGAAAAAAUGUGAGUGUUCGUUUAAAUUGCACGAAUAUCGUAAGGUGGAUGAUACAUAG